AGGUGGAGGCAUUACUUUUCAUUCAACCCUCGCAUUUAUGGAUUUUAGGGUUAGCUGAUCCAGGACAUUCAGAAGAGAGUUCUGGGCAGUCGAAUGGGAGAAGCUUUUUUCUGGUCGGGAGGGGGCGAUAGGGAAGGAGAGCAGAGAAGGAGACAUAGAUGGAGGAGGACCAAUUCAGGGUCUGGAGCCUCUUAAAGGGACCGUUUCCCAGGAUGACGGGACUCCGCCUUUUCCCUUCGUUUCCCAGCGUGCACUGCAGGGAGCAGGGGAGAGAGAAAGAAGGAAGAAAAGUCCUGAAGUGGGGAGGAGGAGGAGAAAACAGUUCCAAGGGACUGAACCCUAGAGAUAGAAGACAUCCUCUAGACCAGAGCAGUCAUGCCCCCCAACAAGGAUGCUCCAGGCUGCCUUGGCUCGCCCCCAGGCUUGAUCUGCUUGCCCCCCAUAUCUGAGGAUCUCCAGUUGGUGUGGACCCAGGCGGCCCAGACGAGUGAUCUCGACAGCAACCAGCAUUUGCUGCAAACAUUUAGCUACUUCCCCUACCCCAGCCUUUCUGAUCUGGCCUUGCUCUGCUUGCGUCAUGGUCUGCACAUGGAGAAAGUCAAGGCCUGGUUCAUGGCACAGCGCCUUCGCUGUGGCAUUAGCUGGAGUGCUGAAGAGAUUGAAGAGACUCGUGCGCGGCUCAUCUACCAUCAGGAUCAGCUUCAUUUUAGCUGCCUGCUUGCUGGGAAUGACGUUGACCCCUGGCACCAAUCGUUUAAAAGCCAGGAGUAUCAACAGCUGUUACCUCCCUCUGUGUACUGCUCCAACAAAUAUCCAGAGAACCAGCAAACCUCUAUAGAUUCUUUCAACCACUGCAGCACAGCCCAAGGAAAAGAGGAGGUUGAGAGAAUCACUCAGGAUAUUUGGAAACUGAAGAAAACCUCUUUGUCCAACCACAGCAAAGUUCAGGAGAACUAUGAACCUUUAGGGGCCUCUUCACAUCUUCACAAUACCAAAGAGGCACCUUCUGGUGCUUAUCUACCCACCACACCUACCAAUCUGAGCCAUAAGUUUGAGAACCCUCCCACUGUUGCAUGGGGACUCCCUGCAGCCUCCAUCCAGCCACCUGACCCUGUUGUGUCUGCAGUAAAUGGUGGGCAUCACCCAGGGGUUUUCCCAGCAGGUUCUUCUAUCAAAGCUACCCCAUCUUUGUCUACAACUACAACUACUGGUAUCGAGUCAUGUAACACUCAAAACUAUCAGUAUGGUAUGGGCGACCAGCAGCAUCCUUCAGGUUGCUUCUCAGACACUCUUCGCAGAACUAGGCGAAAGACAAAGGAACAGUUGGAUGUGUUAAAGUCUUUCUUCCUUCGUCACCAGUGGGCCCGAAGAGAGGAUUAUCAUCAGCUGGAGAAGGUCACUGGGCUACCACGUUCUGAGAUCAUCCAGUGGUUUGGAGACACUCGCUAUGCACUCAAACAUGGUCAACUGAGGUGGUUUCGGGACAAUGCAGGGCAGAGUCCAGAGUCUGUCUCCUCACUGCCUCCUCAUCCGCUUCAUAGCAACCAUCCAGACACAGGUCCACUGGAGCGCUAUUGGACAACCCAUCUACAAUUGCAUGAGCCUGAUUUACCAGCGCUCUGUCAUGAGUCAGGUAUGGAUGCUGAACAGGUGUUAAAAUGGUUCAAUUCACGCUCACCGGCUCCAUGUGAAGUAGAAGUAUGUUUGAGUGAGGAAGAAGAAGUAGAUGAGGAGGUGGCAGCCCAUAUGAUAAAAUAUGACUAUGAAGACUAUGAAGAAGAAGAGGAUGAUGAGGAUGAAAAUGCUGAUGAUGAUGACGAUGAAGAUUGGGUUGCCUAAACCCAAUCUUGUGAUUACUGGAAAAUUUGGUAAUGGGUCUCAGGGAUGGAUCAAGUAGACAAAAAAAAAUGAAAGGAGGUUGAGAGUCCCUACUUCAUCAGAAUCCUGCCAUUCCCAUUACUACUCAGUGGUUGCCCUUUCAUGUUCUAGCAUCUGUUUAUCCUUUCCCUAUGCUUUAGAUUUUUAAGUUAAAACACUGGUCCCUGUCAUUCAGUGAUUAUGUCUUAAAUCCCAGAGUUAAAAGGAUGCUGGAAAUGGAGCUGUCAGUACCCUAUUCGAUUCCAGGAUCCAUAGCAAGAACACCUUCAGUAGUUUGCUAGACUUGGAAGUUUCUUUUACAUAGCUUUUAUGUUGUUACCUAUUUGUUAUGCUGAUAGAUUUCAGAUUGGUUUUUACUUCUAGAAUCCUGUUAAUAUUUUCAUCUGCUGUUCUUGAUUUUAAGAGCUGGUAUCUUCCUUUAUUAUAAUAAGACCUAAAACAUAAAUCUGGGAUGACAUAUGUGUCUUGGUUUCUCUUUUAUUUUCCAACCAAUUCUUUUAGAUUGGAAAUGGGUAGUUCUCAUCAUUAACACAAUUGCAUAAUCAUAGAUUCAAGCCUUUCCAGACAUCUUUGUGAUUUCAUGUAUUUUCACUUCAGCAAUGCCUUUUUCAGAUACCAUCUGUGUUGUAUAAAACAUCUGGCUGUUCUAAACCUAGUUUAUUUCAUUCUGUUUUAGGGAAUAUGAUUUACUUCCCAAUGUGAGAAUUCCUUGUGUUUAGUUUUUGCAAACCAAAAGUGCAUUUCAAGAAAACAGUGGAGAAAUAUCCAGAUUUUUGAGUUGCAAUUUAUCCUGUCUUGGUUUAUUUCUUUUAAUUAUGGAUAUCUGCAUUGCUUGUUUUAAAUUUGACUUUCACAAAAUGACAAAUAUGAAUGUUUGACCGUUGAUAGAUGCGUUGGUGUUUAAAAUGAUGUCUGUGGAUCUUGUGUGCUCUAAUCUUUGUUAUGUGUGCGUCCUAAGCAUUUGAUUUCAUGUUUAUAUCCUUCUCACCUUUCAUUCUUUUAUGUCUUUCAAUUUGCUACAUGAUUUCCAUGUUGUUUUUCAUGCAAUGUCAUGUUACUCUUCUAUUCUCUCCUUGCCUCCAUCAGUGCCUUGAUUUCCCAACAAUGCUUUUCUUACUCCAUUUCAUUCUUAUGGGGGCAUCUAUCCAUUCUGACUAGUUAGAAGGCCCAAUGUGCUUGAAAAUCACUUUACUGUUCCACUUAAAUCACUUAAUAUAAAAUCCUGCCUGAUCAUGGAAGCUAAGCAGGCUUGUUUAGUAUUUUGAGGGAAGAUCGCCAAUGAAUAACAGGAACCGUAGUCUGUAUUUCAGAAUAUUCCUAAGGAAAGCCUGUGAAAUUCAUUGGGUGGCUGGAAGUUAAUGGACAACCUGAAAACACGCACACACACAUGUCUCCCUUGUAGAAAAGCUGCAAGAAAAGGGGGAAAGCAUGACUAAUUCCUUGGCACAUUCAAUACAUUUUACAAGACCAGACCUUCCUUCACUGGGACAUCCUGCAGAAGAUCUGUGAAAUGGGGAUAAGCUUCUGUUAGCUCUUAAGAAUGAUUUUUGUUACACGUGAUGAUCAAGGUAAACUUGGCAAUGAUAAGGGUAUUCGGUAGGAGUCAACAAAAGGAUACUAAUACUUUCCAAAUUAAAAGCAUUUAUUCAACCAUUUAUCCAAGAUUUUUUUUACAGAGAGAAUGGAAGACUGCACAGAGAGAAAAGCUGCAUAUUGCCUGUACAAUUUUAUGUGAAUCAGUUUGAAGCUCACAAUGUGUAGAAAUAUAUUGAAGGAGUUACAUGAGCUAUACUGACAUGUGGACUGGUUACUUAAUAGCCAUAAAGUAAUAUUUUGUAGCUUCUCAGUGAUGAGUUUGGAUUUCAAUAAACCAUACUUUCCUUUUC